UUACUGGUUUAAAUUGUUGAUCUGUUGUAUCUCAAUCAGUUGUGCUCUUCCAUUCAGAUUAUUGAUCAUCUGCUGUUUUGUCAUGAAAUUUCAAUUAAUUGGCAAAAGAAAGCACAAUUAAGUUGCAUUGAGAAUACUUGUAAACCCUUGUAACCGUUGAGCUAACAGUAAGUAUUAAUAGAAAUAAGUUGUCAUUUUGUAAGUCAUUAAGGGAAGGCGCUAAUGAAAAUAUUGAAAGUGAAAUGGUUAUUGGUGAAAAACAUGAAACAAAACUGUUAUAUAAUGACUCAAGACAGAAGUUAAUUGUAAAGAUGAAACAAAAUUAUCAUCAACUUAUUAGCUAUCAUCUAAAGUCAAUAUGUUAAGAGCAUUGAAUAUUUCCUCUGAGUCUUGCAAGACUUUCAAGUCUUCAUUGACAAUCAUUGAUCGAAGUGACCUUCAUUUAAGACCAUCACGAUGACAGAGAGCCGUCUAGUUAACUAUCUAAUGAGGAUCUGAUAGUGACUUGCAGCAAACCAAUAAAUUGAGAUGAAGCUCGUCAAAAGCUUGACCGAUCCAUUGGUUAAAAUGCUGGACAGACAAUUGUCACCAGAAAGCCUACGACCUAAAGUAAGACGCUUGGAAAAGAUGGGCAAAAUAACUAAAACAUGUGUCCUAGGAUAUGCCCAAAAAGGUCGAAUGGGCAGAUUGAAUCAUACACUUCACACUUUAUCUCAUAUCUGGUUUAUUGUUGUGGUUGCUCGAUCGAUUCGCUUGCUUUUAUUUGAUGAUCCAAAUGAGACCAUUUAUUUGGGUGAUUUUUUCAGCCAAACCAAAGGCAAAGAGUUUCUUCAUUUCCUGAUAAUUGUCUACUAUUUGCUUUUCUUUGCUUCUCGAGCUGGUGCUCAUAUAAGUGAAGCCCGAAAACCCAUGUUGAUGUUGAAAUUUUACGGGAAAAUUGAGAAACAUGGGUUCGAUAGUAUGUGCCGAUUGUUGACUCCAACCAAGUUUAAAAAUUUCCGUAUCGUUUUAUACAGUGCUCUUCAAUUUUACUUCAUUGGUAUACCAAUAAUAGCACUUUCCUUAUUCGUUUUGUGCAUCACUUUUGCUUUACAAACUUCAACCUUUUACUUGUCAAUUUAUCACUCAAUCUGGUUCGUCUUUUGGGUUAUCAUCAUUACCGGACCUUUGGCUCUCAAUAUUUACUCCCUUUUCUGGUUUUACACUCAUUUCAUCAGCUUAAUUACUUAUUGUUCAAUGUCAUUGGGCUGUGCUUAUGAUCUUGGUGGUAUCAUUCAAUCAGAUGUGGGUAAACAUCUUGACCUUCUUGCAGAUUACUUGAAACGGCAAAAUAAGAUCUUGAACCUAAUCAGGUCUAUCAACUGUGAUAUCGGUCCAACUGCUUUCGUUGGUUAUAUAAUAGCAACAUUUUUGGCCAAUUUUUCUCUCUUUCUUGCUAUAUUUGUUACAAGUGAAUCUAACGCAAUGAAAAUUAUUUGCUUUGGCUUAGCGAUUAUCGCGUACACAAAUCUCACUCUGCUUCAUUUUGCUGGAACAGUAGUUCAUGAACGGCUAAUGGAGAUUCGAGAGAGAAACUUCUCAAUCCAAGCUCGUGGUGUCAAUCUAAUACCAUUACCAAUGGCAGUCUGGAUAAAUUCAACUCUGGAGAGGAUUGAAAAUGGUGAAAAUGGGAUCAGUGUAACUCAUAUAUUUGUUAUGAGACAAUCGUCCUUUUUAUUUUUCGUCCUAGAAAACAGUGGAAUCUUGAUGAUGUUUGUAUCAAAUUUUGUAAAAAGUUAACCUGAUCUGGUUCAAUUUCUGGUUCAUCAAGCUACAUUCAAAUUGCUAGAGGAAUAUGGUGAACUUGAAUGAUAUAUUACUUAAAUUACUCACAGAGUUACCUAUUGAUUGGCUUGUAUAAUAAAGUCAAUAUUUAACAUUGUGGUACAAUGUGAUAAGUAAAUUGUAGUUACUCAAUGACUGUUUGACAUCUCAAUUUGAUCACUAGCUAAUUAAAUCUACCAGCUUUUUCACCAGUUUAUUUAAGACUCUCCAGCAAAAAAUGGCACCAAUUGUAGUUGAAAAAUCAUUUGAUUAGAGCAUCAAGGAACGUUAAAUUUUUCAAUUUUAAAACUGAUGUUGAUAGGACAAUUCAUAUUGAAAGGCUUAAAUUAAAAAUAUCACUCGCCAUAAAGGAUGGACAAGAAUUAACAAAGGCACCUGACUAAACAUCUUAAUUUGAUUCACAAUUCAACUACCAAUCCAAGUCAUAGCAACAACUACAUAAACCAAUGGCUUUUUCACACAAAGAUUAAAGGAUUGUUUAACAAAUUAUUGUUUCUGUAUUAAAACAUAUUGAUUACUUA